GUUCCGUGGUAGAGGUGACCUGACUCCCGGAGGUUGGUUGUGCAGUUGCUGAAAUUGUCCGCGCAAUUCCCAGUCAUGUCUGAACCAAUCAGGGUCCUUGUGACGGGGGCGGCUGGUCAGAUUGCCUAUUCACUGCUGUACAGUAUUGGCAAUGGCGCUAUCUUCGGGAAAGACCAGCCCCUUAUUCUUGUGCUGUUGGACAUCACCCCCAUGAUGGGUGUCCUGGAGGGCGUUGUCAUGGAGCUGCAAGACUGUGCCCUCCCCCUCCUGAAAGAUAUCAUUGCAACGGAUAAGGAGGAAGUGGCCUUCAAAGACCUGGAUGUGGCCGUUCUGGUGGGGUCCAUGCCACGACGGGAGGGCAUGGAGCGGAAGGACUUGUUGAAAGCCAAUGUGAAGAUCUUCAAGUCCCAAGGCACAGCCUUGGAUAAGUACGCCAAGAAAUCCGUGAAGGUCAUCGUGGUGGGAAACCCAGCCAAUACUAACUGUCUGACCGCCAUCAAGUCAGCCCCGUCCAUCCCCAAGGAGAACUUCAGCUGCUUGACCCGUUUGGAUCAUAACCGAGCAAUGGCACAAAUUGCUCUUAAACUUGGUGUAACUGCUAAAGAUGUAAAGAAUGUCAUCAUCUGGGGAAACCAUUCCUCCACCCAAUAUCCAGACGUCAACCAUGGCAAAGUGAAAAUUCAAGGCAAAGAAGUUGGUAUCUAUGAAGCUCUCAAAGACGACAGCUGGCUUAAGGGAGAGUUCAUCACGACUGUGCAGCAGCGUGGCGCUGCCGUCAUCAAGGCCCGGAAGUUGUCCAGCGCGAUGUCUGCAGCCAAAGCCAUCGGCGACCACAUCAGGGACAUCUGGUUUGGAACCCCAGAGGGUGAGUUUGUGUCCAUGGGCGUGAUCUCAGAUGGCAACCCCUAUGGUGUUCCUGACGACCUGCUCUACUCAUUCCCGGUUGUAAUCAAGAAUAAGACCUGGAAGAUUGUGGAAGGCCUCACUGUUAAUGAUUUCUCACGUGAGAAGAUGGAUCUGACUGCAAAGGAACUGACAGAAGAGAAGGAACAAGCUUUUGAGUUUCUUUCUUCAGCCUGACUAGAUCAUGGUAUUGAUGUUACCAAAUGCCGAAAACCUGAAGAAUCUAAAUGUCGUCUUUGACUGUAGUACCAAAUAAUAAUAAUGCUCUACUUAAAAUUCUCGUGGAAAAACAAUACACUUCAAGGAUUAUGUGCUGCUUGGUACAAAUUUGUGACAGUUUAUCAUCAUGGUGUUAGUGCUACAUUCUAAAUAAAAAUAUAUAUUCAAAUGAAAA